AUGACUUCCGAAACAGAGCGGGCCUCUCUUUUGCGAAAGGAUCAACUGGAACGAAGCCUUUUCGAAGAGAAGAAACUCAUCGACGAGGGAAUCCUCAAGGAAGACAAUCCCUUGGACACGACUGAGUCUUUCAGAAUACUUUGUGAAGCCUGUAGGCGAGGAGAUCUGAAAGUCUGCCAGGAGAAGAUCUCGGAAGGCGUGAACAUCAACGCCAAAGAUCGGUUCGAUUAUACUCCAUUGAUCUUGGCAAGCCUUUGUGGCAACUAUGAAACUGUCCAGCUCCUGCUCGAAUCCGGAGCGUUAUGUGAACGAGACACAUUUCAGGGCGAACGAUGCUUAUACAAUGCCCUCAACGACAGAAUACGAAACCUACUACUUUCCUACGACUACUCCAAGUCCACCGAUCCACUGCAGCCGCUGGCGGCUCAUUUGACAUCACUAUUGAGUCGGGAGCAGCCGCAAACUGCCGACAUCAAAGUGGCUGGAUAUGAAGAGACCUUCAACUUGCACAAGUUUGUUCUGGCCGGUAGGUCGCCAUACUUCCAGAAGAAGCUUGCCGUGAAUCCUGAGACCACAUCAUGGAAAAUGCCUUUGAACCUGCCACCACAGUCUUUUGGCAUCGUCCUCAAGCAUAUUUAUCUGGGUGAGAUGCCGCGGGAUCUGGGUGGCGGUCCCGGAACUGGAUUUACAGAUUCGGAAGUCCUUGCUGGCAUCGAUCGAAUCGUCAAACAAUUAGAGAUACCGACCAAUCUUUCGAAAAUGAUACUAGACAGUAGCGAUAGGCGACUAGCGCGACAGAGGCGGCAAGAUGAAGUCGAAAGGGGCCGAGCACAGCUUGAGAAUUGGUUCCGCGCAAACGUUCUGGAACGAGCAAUCGAGAUAGAUUCCAGCAAAGCUAGUGACAUUAAAUGGGACCGCAACAACGGUAUAUUCGCCGACGUUCUGCUACGCGCCGACGAGGAAGAGGACGAAGGCGAUGUCAACGGCCUAGAUGACCAGAACACAGCAACUAAAACCAGAAGCAACACGAAUGUACUCGGCAUUCCCCUCGACUCAACUCAAAAAUCACGAUCACCCUCACGUACACGCCACCCCCGAAAAUCAAAAGUCUACCCCUGCCACAAAGCCAUGCUCAUCCGUUCCGAGUUCUUCAUGACCAUGUUCGACUCAGACUUCAAAGAAGCACAAGAGACACCACACCUCCACAUCGUGUCCAUCGACUGCUCGCCCGCCGUGCUCGAGGUCAUUCUGACCUUCCUGUAUACCGAGCGGACAGACUUUAGUCUUGAUCUCGCCGUUGACGUUCUCUUCGCCGCAGACAUGCUCUUCCUCGAGAAACUCAAAGCGAAAGCCGCGGUCGUGAUAUCGACGCUCGGCAACGGCACUGCAACGGCUAUGCCCACGGAGACGGAGCGAGAGGACGAGUUCAUGGACAUCUACGAGAUACUCCGCGCAGCGUGGCUGACGCGGGUGCAGAGGUUGGAGGAAUUCGCGGCACGGUAUAUUGCAUACAGGUUAGAAGCGUACAUCGACGAUCCAGACUUCGCGGAGCUGGUGAAGGAGAGUGCGGAGAGGAUCAGCGCUAGACAGGAGACGGACAGUAUUGAGCUGUUGGAUGAUAUCAGAUACUACUUGAGCGAAAGGUUCAGGCUGAGAAUGGAGGAUGUCAACUUUGAUGAGGCGAUUGCCGACGCAGAGGAGACUAACGUGGCGGUGGAGCAUACCUCUGCGGACAGCCCAAGGGAUUGCAAGCAUGAUACGGUCCAGCUCACUGGAGAGGAGAAGCUUGAGCAGCUUGAUGCCCGGACACUGUACGACAAUGGUACCGAAUACCGCACAGAAGCAGAGCAGUUCGACUCAGCAAUCAUGCAGACGGGUGCGGUCCGCACGCUGGAUGGGGAGAUGGCAGGCGACGAAAUGGCUGCGGAUGCAAUCAACUAUCAAAUCUUGCUCGGAAAGAUCGACAGGCUGCUUGAUCAGCUCAAACUUGAUGCCUGA